AGAACUAAACUUGUCAAUCAAGAUUUCUUGUUUGUUUUCCGCCAUAUUUAUUUCUUGCUGUUUGUUUAAAGUAUAGGGUAAACCCGAAGAUACAAAAAAAACCAAGUAAACAUGUCUUCAGGUGGUGGUGACAAUGACGACGGUUUUAUCGCAAAGUUGCGUGGUUUACCUUGGUCUGCAACCCAAGAUGAUAUUUUGAGUUUUUUCACAGAUUCUUUCGCCAAUUGUAAGAUUUUGGGUGGAAAAUCUGGAAUACAUAUGACAACUUCAAGGGAAGGUAGACCUAGUGGUGAAGCUUUUGUCGAAUUUGAAACUGCCGAUGAUUUAGAAAUGGCUUUACAAAAAGAUCGCGAACAUAUUGGUAAUAGAUACAUUGAAGUUUUUAAAGUAAAUAAAGCAGAAAUGGAAUGGGUGAUAAAAAGGUCAGGACCUACAUACGGUUUGAAUGAAGAUGGAUGUGUUAGACUAAGAGGAUUACCUUUUGGUUGUUCUAAAGAGGAAAUUGCUCAGUUUUUUACAGGGUUGGAGAUUGUACCCAACGGAAUAACUCUUCUGACUGACUACUCGGGGCGAAGUUCUGGGGAGGCGUAUGUUCAGUUUGUUAACAGAGAAGUUGCAGAGAAAGCUCUGCAGAAACAUCGAGAAACAAUUGGACACAGGUACAUAGAAAUAUUCCGUAGCAGUUUAUCCGAAGUGGAUAGUGUAGUUAACUAUCAAGGCAACUCGAUGGGACCUCCGGGAAGGCGCAUGGGACCAGGUUCCGGAAUGUAUAGCUCUCGACCGAGUCCCUACGACAGAGAUCCACGCUACGGUGGCGGUGGUACUCGACUAGGAGGAGCACGCGGUGCUCGAAGCUACAAAGAUUACAGCAGUUAUGAUCGUCCAUCACCUUGGGGAAGCAAUCAACGAAAUGGUAAUAAUAUGGGUUCGAGGAAUUGGGAUUCGUGGGGUGGUGGAGGCGGUAGUAGCGGUAUGCACUGCGUACAUAUGAGAGGAUUGCCAUUUAAAGCCACUGAAAAUGAUAUAGCAGAUUUCUUCAAACCGGUAAUGCCUGUGAAUAUCCGUUUGAUACAAGACUCAAGUGGACGCGCUUCGGGUGAGGCAGAUGUGGAAUUCGAUUCUCAUGAAGAUGCAGUUAGAGCGAUGAGCAAAGAUAAAGGACACAUGCAACAUCGAUAUAUCGAAUUGUUUCUCAAUUCUGCUGGAGGUCAAAGCAACGGUGGGUUCGGUUACGGGAUGAGCAGUAAUAGUAGGCUAUACAGAAAAAUAUAACACUCGUAAAAUCUAAAUUAAUUUAAUUGAAAGCCAGUGAAAUAUGUAAAAUUUGCCAUGAGACAUAACAAUCUUAUAUGUUGCUCAAUGUAGAGGUGAUUUGUUGAACGGUAUUGAGUUGACAAGCUUGUUUGUGGCAAAGUACUUAAUGUAGUGAAAGUGCUAUGAAAAAAAUGUUUGUUUUACGAAAAAAAAUCGUUGAAACUAAUCUCAUUUGCUGCAAUGAACUAAAUGUAUAAGAUACUCGUUUGUCGGAAGAUAUUUUACUGGCUGGAGCCAAUUGUUUUUCACUCGAUUUCAUUGAAUUCGGUAAUUUUUUCUAAUUACUAUUAUAUUGUCAUUGUCCAAUAGAUAAUAUAUGAAAUUAUGA